AUGCUUCUCCCGAGGUACGACGGUUCGUCUUCCGGUCUGAGUCUAUCAAAGGAGGAGCCCUCUGCUUCACUUCUCCUCACUUCGCUUCUUCUCGUUUCUCUCUCUAAAGAUAUUUCUGCUGUCUUAUCAUCCCCAAGUUUCGUCGUCUUAGAGUUCUUCGAUCGCUCUUCUCAUAGCUCUCCGUCCCGAUCUGGUUUUUGGUUGAUGUCCUCGCCGAUCCAGAUUGAUUCCUCCGGCGAAAACUCUCCUAACCAGGAUUUGGUCAAUUUGUCUUCUGCAUCCUUAUUUGACAGCCUAUCUUUAAUGGAAGAGGAGGCUUUAGCUCGUGUCCACAGAGCCCGCAUAUCGAGGGAAGGGGAUGCAUAA